CUCUAAAUCUCUUUGAAUAAUUCUUUGCCUUUUGCGUUCGUUUGCGUCGUUCCGUUGUUGCCUGUGAUGGUUCGCAGCAGUCUCGACGUGCUCCAUACAACACUGUCGCCGCUUUCUCCGCCAACAAACAUGAGAUCCAAAGACGUGACGGAAGCCAGGGUGGAGGCGAGCGCCAGUCGGGAUCCCAACAUUGUCGACUGGGACAGACUAGACGAUGCUGAAAAUCCCAAAAAUUGGGGACGAGGGAGAGUAAUUGUGAUCAUAUCGCUUGUUUCUGCCCUCACUUUCCUCAGUGCUUUGUCAUCAUCCAUUUUCGCGCCCGGGAUCCCGCAAGUUCUGGACGAUUUCGGGUCCAAGAGCUCGAUGCUCGGCUCUUUCACUGUCUCGAUUUUCGUCAUUGGCUACGGCGUGGGGCCACUAUUCCUUGCGCCGCUCUCCGAAAUCUACGGUCGCCUGCCCGUCUACCACGUCUGCAACUGCAUCUUUGUUCUCUUCAGCGCUGCAUGCGCUCUGGCCCCCAGCCUUCCCGCCCUGCUAGUCUUGCGCUUGUUUGCUGGUCUGGCUGGCAGUUGCCCUUUGGCUCUGAGUGCUGGGACUAUCGCCGAUGUCACCCCCUAUAAGAGACGUGGUAUGGUUACGGCGUGGUGGACUGUGGGUCCCCUUAUAGGUCCGGUCAUUGGACCCAUUGGUGGAGGUUAUCUCAUACAGGCGAAAGGCUGGAGAUGGUCAUUCUGGCUCAUGACAAUAGUGGCUGGUGUCGUCUUCGUACUUUCCCUGUUUUCCAUGCGCGAAACCUAUGCAUAUACCAUUCUCGAUCGCAAAGCCAGAAGGCUUCGCAAGGAGACUGGCAAUAAGCAUCUUCGCUCCGCCUUAGACGAAGGAGGCUCGGCAGAAGAGAGGCUAAGGACAGCUAUUACUCGACCAACAAAGAUGCUGGUCUGUUCGCCAGUAAUCCUUCUUAUCUCUGUCCUCAUGUUCAUGUUUUAUGGCUACUUCUACCUUAUCUUUACCGUUCUGCCACCUUUGUAUGAAGAAGAAUACGGCUUCUCGACUGGCCAAGUUGGCCUUACAUUUCUCGGACUAGGCAUCGGAUCAUUGAUCGCUACGGCAAUUUCGGGGUUAACUGCUGAUAAAUUGGCCCUAUACAUGAAUAAGGCGGGCGGAGAGCCGCAACCCGAAUAUCGUCUACCUUUGCUUGUGCUUGCAUCCUGCAUCAUACCAAUUGGACUAUUCUGGAUUGGCUGGACUGCUGACUCCCGCCAACAUUGGAUUCUUCCCAUCAUCGGCUCAAGUGUCUUGAGCAUUGGCAUUACUUUCGCUUCCAACGGUAGCACGCUAUACCUUAUCGACGCCUAUGGCGCAUAUUCUGCCUCUGCCGUGGCUGCAUGCAUUAUCUUACGCUCUAUGGGCGGUGCGCUGUUACCGCUCGCGGGCGGCCCGAUGUUCGAGGCGCUGGGGAUGGGUUGGGGAGGCUCUGUACUGGCCUUCAUUGCCAUUGCUUUGAUACCAGUGCCGAUCCUCUUUUUGAAGUAUGGAGAGCGUAUUCGCUGGAAAAUCUUAUUCAAUGUCCGGUUUUGAUGGCACGCGAGGGACAGGAUAUCAGGACGUUUCGCAGGCAGGAUGUCAAUAUCAGUAAUCACGGACGGCUUGAACGCCACAACAUCACUAGCACAAGGCAACAAUACUGCAGCCUACAGAUGUCUCAGUUGCCUAUUGCUUCAUCUCCGCUACCUAACGCUUCAACAUAGCUAUAAGAACUCGACAUUUAUCGCUCCUUUAGACAAUGAAAGCGGUCUUCUUACGAUC